AUGGAAAAGCAUGCUCCACGGAUCCAACCCAACAAUUUCCUGAUCCAAGGCGAAUCCAUCGCUCCCCUCAGCAAAGAAGAUCAUUACCGCUACCUUGGAGUCCCUAUUGGUCUCAUUCCCAACAUCUCCGACCUUGCAAAGCUAAUCGACGAACUAACCUCCAAACUUGACAAGAUCGAGAACUCCCUCCUCGCCCCAUGGCAAAAGUUGGACACUAUCCGAACUUUCAUUCAACCUUGCCUCACCUACGCCCUCCGAUCAACCGACCCCACCACAAAAUCCCUCCAGUCCUACCGCUCCCAACUCAUCAAAACCAUCCCUUCUGUCUGCUACCUUCCCACCCGUGCCACAACCCACUACAUCUUUGCGUCUAAACAAGCUGGUGGCCUUGGCUUGGCGGACCCUACCCGUGAGAAUCACCUCCAAACAAUCGUCCAAGCUGUCAAGAUGCUCGCCUCCUCCGACCCUACAAUUGCCACCAUGGCCAAAUCUGAGCUUCGCCAAACUGUCCGCUUUGCAGCCCAGUCACAUCCUACUCCCUCGCUCAUAUCAAACUUCCUCUCCAAUGCUCCUGACCGCCGCCUCGAUUCCAUCCGCUCCUGCACUGGCUCCCUCUGGAGCCACACUCGCAACGCCACUAAAACCGUUAGCAUCACCAUGAACGUCCCUGAUGUCGGCCCACCAUCCAUCUCCUCUCCUGACUACGCUGAUGAAGUUGCCGCAAAGGAUGUCUGCCGUUUUCUCCAUAACCUCGAACGUGAGAACUCUGCUAAAGCUCUAUGUGACCUCCGCGACCAAGGCAAAGUUGCUCGUUCUCUCUCCAACGAUAAAUUUGGCAAUGGCUCCAAUUGGCAUUACACUGGUCUCAACCUACGGUUCAACGAUUGGAGAUUUAUCCACCGAGCUCGCCUUAAUUGCAUUCCCAUCAACUCUGUGAAACACCGAUGGUCCAACUCCAGCCCCUCCUGUCGCCACUGCGAACAUGAUGAAACGCUUCCUCACGUCCUAUGCCAUUGCACCCCCAACAUGCCUGCCAUCACCAUACGACACAACAAGAUUGUUGACCGCAUCACGAAUGCUGUGUGUCAUGGCUCCAUCUCUACCAACCAGACUGUUCGUGACAGUGGCUCUCCUGUUCACCCCGAUAUUGUAAUCCAGAACAAUAACCAUGUUACAAUCAUCGACGUGUGCUGCCCCUUUGAAAAUGGCGAAGAAGCCCUAGAAGAAGCUGUGGCCCGCAAGGAGUUAAAAUACCUUCACCUCAAGUCCCAUUUCGAAGUGCAAAACAAGUCUUGCGAAGUCUUUGGUUUUGCCAUUGGAGCUCAUGGCACCUGGCACCCUGGCAACGAACGAGUCCUCUCCGCACUUGGCAUGUCACCUCGGUACAAAAACCUGUUUCGCAAAUUGUGCUGCACUGACGUUAUCCAAGGGUCCACGGACAUCUAUCGCCAACAUCUUGGGUGUGACGAUGUCCUUCCUUAA